UCUCGGCGCGCAGCAGUUUCUAUUUUUCCGGCUCGGUCGCUGAAAUUCGAUUUUCCCAUUUCCAAUGCCCAGCAAAACUGUAGUUUUUAUUCGAGAAUUAUUCGAAAACGUUGCGGGAAACUAUUCAAAUAUGUAAAUCGAAACGAGAGCAAGCCGUGAUUCUUCCUUAGUUUGUGAUGUCGUGUGUUUUUAUUGUGUGUGACGAAAAAAAGUGCGCCUGUUUUCGUCAAUAAAUAUUAACGCUCAAUUGUGCCAUUUGGCGGGCAUAAAUUAGAAAUCAUUAUUUAUUGCACACGUCUGCAGUGCGAAUCAAAACAAAAUCGAAAGAGGAGAGAGAGAGAGUGAUAGAAAAACAGAAGAGCAAAAGGAGAGAGUGCGAAAAAUAGUGGAAAAUGAAAUAACAGCUGCCGGCUGAUUUGUUACGGAAAAGGAAAACGAAGAAAGAGCAAGAAAAACUUAAAAAAUCUAAAAACAGAACAGCAACUGAGAAGGAAACUGGCUAAGUAGAAGGACAUUAUAGCAUGCCAGGAUCAGGAGAGUAAAAUCCAGAUCACAAUGAGCAACCGCACGGAGCAGGAUUACGACAGUGCCACUCCGGCGCUGCAGCAGCAGAUGAAUCUGGCCCGCAGAGCCUGCUGGAGGACCAAAUCCUCCCGCUCGGACUUGCCCCCCAAAAGUAUAGAGUUAGUUAAUCCCAAGAAUGCGAAUCAAAUCGAUGCUGAAGCAUCGCCACCGAGAGAUGAAACCAAAACAAGAACAGAACCGCAAACAGCAUUCGCAGCACGCAAAACAACCUGCACAUUCGCCGACUGGCGGGGGAUUCUCGGGAAAAGGAUGCUGCUCAUCUGCGGAUUCAUCCUAAUCCUUGGUAUCGCCCACGGGCGACCGAACACGAGUGCGGUGGGCGUGGCUUCGGCAAAGGAUGGCAAGGAUAUUGCGGAUGCGGUCACCCAGCUAAAUCUGCCCCAAAGCCCGCCCAUGGAUGCGGUGGAUGUGGGUCUGGAUCCAACGCCACCCGUGAGGUUGCCACGUGCCGAGCCACUCAGAUCCAGCGACCAGGAUGCGGAGGGCGGCGAAGGGCACAAGAUGGAGAGGUAUCCCCUCUCCAGUGUGGACUUUGCUCGGGUGAAAACGCCGUUCAUCAUCGGAAUCUGGAUUCUGUCCGCCAGUAUAGCGAAAAUUGGUUUCCAUAUGACGCCCAAACUGCAUCUAAUAUUUCCGGAGUCGUGCCUGCUGAUUGUCGUGGGCGUGGUCAUUGGGGUGGUGCUCUAUUUUUGCACCGAUGUGGCCGUCUCCCCGCUGACCCCGAACACCUUCUUCUUUUACAUGCUGCCCCCGAUUAUCCUGGACGCAGGCUACUUUAUGCCCAAUCGAUUGUUCUUCGACAACCUGGGCACCAUCCUCCUGAUGGCGGUGGUCGGAACCAUCUUCAACAUAGCCACCAUUGGUGGUUCGCUAUACGCCUGCGGAAAGAUGGGAAUUUACGGGGAAACCGAGACUCCGGGUCUGAUGGACGUAUUUCUGUUUGCCUCCCUAAUAUCCGCCGUGGAUCCGGUGGCUGUUUUGGCCGUAUUCGAGGAGAUACACGUCAACGAGAUCCUGUACAUUGUUGUCUUUGGCGAGUCCUUGCUGAACGAUGCCGUUACGGUUGUGAUGUACCACAUGAUGGAGUCCUACAAUGAGAUUGGCUUGGACAAAAUCAUCGCCCAGGACAUUGCCAGCGGUGUGGGUUCCUUCUUCGUGGUUGCACUGGGUGGCACUGCCAUAGGCAUCAUCUGGGGCUUUCUCACAGGUUUGGUAACCCGGUUCACGGAUCAUGUGCGAGUCAUAGAACCUAUUUUCAUAUUUGUGAUGGCUUACCUGGCCUAUUUGAAUGCGGAAAUCUUCCACAUGAGCGGCAUUUUAGCCAUUACGUUCUGUGGUAUAACGAUGAAAAACUAUGUGGAAUCGAAUAUUUCACAAAAGUCGCAUACGACUGUUAAAUAUGCCUUGAAGAUGCUGUCCAGUUCGGCGGAGACCAUUAUCUUUAUGUUCCUAGGCGUGGCCACUGUGAACAAUAUGCAUGUAUGGAAUACGUGCUUUGUCCUGCUGACCAUUACCUUCUGUUCGGUGUUUCGUGUUAUUGGUGUUAUUUUGCUUUCCGCCCUUGCCAAUCGCUUCCGUCUGCACAAAUUAUCCAGGGUGGAUCAGUUUGUGAUGUCCUACGGCGGAUUGCGUGGUGCUGUGGCCUUUGCCCUGGUACUGCUGGUCGAUGAGAAUGUGGUCAAACAGAAGAACAUGUUUGUCACCACCACGAUAGCUGUGAUUUACUUUACCGUCUUCCUGCAAGGCAUCACCAUCAAACCGCUGGUCAAGAUCCUCAAUGUGAAACGGGCCAACAAGCGCAAGCCAACCAUGAAUGAGCGUAUUCAUGAAAGGUUUAUGGAUCACUUGAUGGCUGGCAUUGAGGAUAUUGUGGGCAAGACAGGCAACUACAAUGUGCGUGAUAAAUUCAAGCGCUUCGACAAUCGCUUCAUUCGCCCGCUACUGAUCAGAGAUCUCAAGGGCGCUGAGCCAAAGAUCAUCGAGACGUACUCCAAACUGACAAUGCGCGAUGCCAUGGAGGUGAUGAGGCGGAAUCCAUCCACCAUCGGCCAGAUGACGGGCACCGAGUCAAUGAGCGCCCUGUUCCGGAACUAUACCAAUAACUAUAUUGGGGGCAGGUGGGCACCGCCAACCAUAUACACCACCUGUCCCAGUCUAACAAAUCUAGACAAUACCUGUUCGCGUAAUCUGGACAUGGCUGAGCUGGAUUAUAAUCCAUCCAAGAAGGAUCUGACUGAUGCCAGGAUCCAUCAUCUGUUGGCCGAAGAACUGAAGCCUUAUAGAAGGGCCUCAAUACAAAUGCACCGUCGUCUUAGUUAUAGCCGACACGCAGUAGAUGACAGAGAUUUGUCCACCCAGGUCAAUUACAAAAUGCAAAUGAAUUUUAGGCGAAUGUUCAAUGAUCGCAAACAUCACAAACGCAGCAAACGCGGGGCCAGCAAUAAGGAGGCCAAGGAGAACGUUAAGCAGAAUCAUGUCUCGUUCCAUGAUUUCCAACAGAAUGGCACCACCAAGCAGCUCACCAAUGGUACGGAAUCGAGUUCAAACCAUUCACGAAAAAAAUCUUACAGAAAAAGACAUACUCACAAUUCACUUAACAAAUAUCGUAGAUUAGAAAUAGCCGAGGAGUGCCAACAGAAUCCCAACGAGAUCAAUGUUGUUGGCCCCAGCGACGAUUGGGAUGAUGGCCUGACCUUUACAGCCAAAUCAUCACCUGACUCGGAUCGCGCCAAUAACAAUUCCCUGAUAGCCCACAUCCAAAACCUGCCGGGUUUCGAUGCAUCCAAGGCGCGUAUCGUCGUCCAGCAUUAUGCACCGAAGGUCGACGAUGGUGCGGAAACAGAUCUAGAGUCGCCGGAUCAGGCCAUUGGGCCCACGGCCGCCGAAUUAAUAUUGCCGUGGCGGCGGGAUCGUUCAUACCAGAGCAUUGUGGCCGAGAAUCCCAUUCCCGAGGAGGAUCGCAAUCUGUCCCGCGAAUCCGAUGGGGAGAGGCGUGUGGCCACGCCCACCGCCACGGAAUCCCAGCUGCCGUGGAAAAGACAAGGUGACGAAUGCACGGAUGCAGUGCAGCAGAACGAGUUCCCCGCCUGGGCUUCAAACAAGGAGUACUUGGCCUACAAUUCCCCCAGUGCAACAUUCCUAGGUGGUAUAAACAAGCCUAAACAGCCCAAGUCCGUCAUAGGUCUUUUCCGGCGUGAGAGUUCCAGUUCGAAGGGCGGAAGCGUUGGCAUCGGCAGCUCGGGAGCCGUGGACACAGCCGCCAGUGGGUCGGAUGCGAUGGUCGUGCCCAUGUCCAAUCAACCGGCCAAUGUUCCAUCAACGUCCAUGCACAAUCCGCGGCUGGACAAGCGCUCCCAGUCGAUAUCCUCCGGUUCGCUGGGUGCCGGUCCACAUCAGCUGGGACCGGAUGGUCACUCCGGACCAUUUCCGGUCACGGCCAGUCACCGGCGGAAUGUGCGCAGGGGCUCCAUGCUGGAGCUGAGCGGACUCAUUACAACUGGACGAAGGCCCAGUAGAAUUUUACAAUUUAGUCCGGGAGCAACUAAUUUACUAGAGUCAGCCAAGAUCACAACUCCUUCUCCUCCACCUCCUACUACUUCAACAAUAACAACAACAACUACAGUAAAACCAACAACAACCACAUCAACCACCAAGAACAACAACAACACCACCACCACCAACAAUUCAACAGAAACAACAUCAGCAAGCGCGAGUUAUUCGACGCCAACCACCCCAAGAUCAGAGGAUAGCGCCACAUAUACAUACUAUCCAAAAGACACAAUACCCGAGGAGUCGUCGUACCAGCAUGGACACUCCAAGUCCUUGUGCGAGCCGGCGGAUUCGGAUGACUGGGAGGGAGCAGCCCUGUCCGCCGUCGGCGGAGCCAACAGCGAGCGAAUGAUGCGAUUAAGCGGCAGGGAACCGCUUCUGCCACGCCCCUCCAACACGCCUCGUGCCCAAAUCCGUCGCAUGAACGCGGGGGCGGUGGGCGGGGCAGCGGUCACCCAAGCGGGCCGGAGAAAUCAGGUGACCAAGGCUCUGUUGGACUACGAAGAUUCCGAUUCGGAUUCCGAGGAGAACGAUGACGAUGAGGAUGAGGACUUUGAUUCGUACGAUGACGAGAACAUCGUGGUCACCACCUUUACGACCCCAGCCACGGGCAGGAGAUCGGGUUCCAGUCCAGGAUCGGGAUCGGAUGCCAAUACCGCCACCACCACAACCACCACGACAAGCAUUCGGCUGACCCGCAACAACGACGAGAGCAUCAUUUGAGUAUCGAGCACGGAUGGCGAUGUGGAGGAGGAACUGGAUGAUGACGAUAAGGAGGAUGUGCCAUCCAUCUCAGUACCACCAUCCCGUAUUCCAAAAAGUUCACGGCGACGCCUAUUCCCAUACGAGAUGUUCUACUAACUAACUCCGGAACACACCCCACACACAUUUAUAUGACCUAGUUUGUAAGCCUAAAGUUGACAAAGAGUUGCUAAAUAGUUUCCCCAAAAGAAAUGGUUUAAAACAAAAAGCUUUAUAAUUAUAUUACCAAACCACAAGAAUCGGAAAAAAGCUAAGGAAAGGAAAUAGCGAAAAAAAAAUUGUAUAUAACACCAGAUUUGAACCAAAAAAAAAUGAUUUCUUCUUCGUCUUUUAAGUCGCUUCUUAAGAUUUGUAACUUCCAGUUUGUGUUUAGUGUUUAAUCCCGAUCAAUUGUUAUUAUGUACCACAAACGUAUAUAUCGAAAAACCGAUUUAGUGAUUUCAGCAGAUGUGUUCCAAAAUAGCAAGCAAGCAAAUUAAUUGUUUAAUAACUAACAAAGCGUAGCCAAAGUUCUUAUUAAGCCUAUAACAAACGUUGAUUUCUUUGUUUAUAAUUUAGACAAAAUGUACCAAAUUGAGAUCACAUUGCGAUAAUGUGUUGCUAACCGUACUUAAGCGCGUACUUAGUUCGAUAACAUAGUGAAAUCGCAGAGUUUAGUUCAAUUUUAGCCUUAGUUAAUAAAUUAAUGAGUUUAAAGUAAUUAAUUUCUGUAUAGCCGCAGAGUCAGAACUAAGAAUAAAACAGCAAAGUUUUACUCAGCUGAAACUGUAAGUUAGAUAAUUCCAAAAUUCAUUAGCCUAUUGGAAGUAACCUUUUAAUGCAUUUUAAAACUAUACAACUAUAGAAAUUUUAAGAAAUUCCAAGUCUGUUGAAUAGUCAAUUUUAGUUUUGAUAACAUCAGAUUCGUAUUACAAGAGAUCAUAAAUUUUUAGAUUCUCUGUAGUACCUCUAUAUGCUGACCUUUUAUUUAACAGAAAACCAAGCUACAGAGGCAGCUGAGUAAAACUGUGGCUGACCCUAACUAUAAAAUAUACACAAAUGAAGUAACUAAUAGUGGACAGGUAAAUGGACAGAGUUAUGUAAUUUAUAAAUUAUUUUUGUAAACAUUUACGAACGAUAAAGAUGAAAACCUAAUGGUGGAAAUGUUCGAACGAGCGAGAGAUUUGCGAACGAUUAUGUGUGGAAUGAGUGCAUGACUAGGAUUGAGCUAACCAAGCAUAAAAAAAUAGUUUAACAUGCUCAAAAUCAAGUAAAAUAAACUAGAGAUAGUUGAAUAAAAAUAAAUUCACUAUGCUGACGUAGAUUUGAAAAAAAUGCAUUAGAAGAAUAAACUCUAAUUACCAGACCAGACCCAAGGAGAAGCACGGAGCCAACUGAGGAUACAGUAGCCAAUAUCCAGAAUGAUGGGAUAAUAUUCUGGAACCUACCUACCUAAAAAUAUUUGCGGGGACUGCUAACGGUAAAUCGUGGAAAUGGAACACAUACCUACCAACUACGAGUAAUACAAAAUAAAUAUAUAUAUUUUCUAACUGAUGUGCAACGCGACCCCUAGUACCAAACUUUAGUUUAACCAUCUAAGACCUAAGUAGUUUGUAUUCGCAUUAUGUUCUAUCCAAGAAAUUGCCUUCUGAAUAUGCACACCAGAUCAGAUAGAAUUGGUUAUCAUAGUUUGUUUCACAUUUUUAUUUCGAUCAGAAAGACAAUAAACGGCUACAAGAGACGCGAGAUCUUGGAAAUUGUCAUUUCAAUAAAACUUUAAUGGAAAAAAACAUAAAAAAUCAGAGCUGUGUUAUAUUGUGAGCAGGUUUUCUAUAUAAACUUGAAUUAUUCCACCAAAAUGUCUGUAAUUACACAUGGAUUGUGGGAUAAACAAUUUAUAUAUUGGACGCUGACUCAUAAAUUACUUGCUUAAGAAAACUAACCUUGAAUUCAAUUGAUGACUUAAUGGAGAAAAUGUUUGCAGUUUUCAUACCGUAGGCCUUAAGUUGUGCAUACUUCAAAAUUAAUAAAAAUAUUGAUAGCGCAAAAUAACAAAAAUUUCAACAAAAAAAAAAACACGAUGCAAACCCGAAAGUAAGAAUUGUAAAUUGUUAAACUGAUUUUAAAUAUUAUAUAA